UGUGUGAACCGCAACGAUGACGACUCAGUUCUGUUGGUUGAUCUUGUUGGCGUUAUCCACCCUAGCGUAUCGUGCGGCCGGUGCUGCACAUCCUGCCACAGAAGUUACCAAUCAAGAGAUUCGUGAUGCCAUCCUAUCACUGGUACACUCCUACAACACGCUGGACAACAAGCUGGAACGCCAUGAGCAGCGUGAACGGGCCCAUGCCGAGAUGAUUAAGAAGAGCUUGAUUACGGUGCAGAAGAAUCUGCGUGCGCUGGAUCCACUGCCGGGAAUGAUCGGUCGUUUGGAGAGUCGUACCGGAGACAUCGAGACAACGCUGAUGAAUCAUGAUGACAAAAUCACCACCUUCACCCAAGAGCAAGUGAAAGUCGCCAAAACGCUGGAGGGCAUUCUGAAGUGGCUGACCGAGAACGCGCAGAUCUUAGAGACGCGCUCGGGCAAUGGAGGAGCGGGCCGUGAUGAGGAUGAGGAAAGUGUGGCCAACAAGCUGGAUGAGGUGGCGACAACUGUACGCGAGUUGCGUCGGGAGUUGGCCGAGCUGAAGAGUGAUCGUGAUGCUACUGAGGACGUUAAUCGACAGUUGCUUAAGGAAACGGAGAAACUCGUCAACUCGAAGCUUUCCUCAGCGGAUGAAAUCAUCUCGAAGAUGGAAGAGAAACUGUCCCAGUUCUAUCUUACCAGCCCGGUCAUUGCGACUCAGAACGUAGAAUUCGAGGACAAAGUGCUGCGUAAGCUGGAAAGCUUAAGCAACACGAUUCCAGCCGCAGGAUCGGCCACUACUGACCCAUCUUCCCUACCCGACAAGCAAUUCAUCCAAGGCCUUGUCAACGAAACACUGGAAGCGAUCAACGAUAUGCGGCUGGAGGUGUUGACUGCAUCGGACAAGAGCUUCACCAAGACCGCCACUCGCAUCAAGGAGAAUAACGAAGUGCUGCAGUCAUCCGUAGACGAGAUACUGAAGACACUGACCGAAGAGUUGACGACAGCUGAAGCGUUCCACAACACGGCACGGGAUCAGUUUAAUAUGAUGAACGCAACCAUGGCACGGCUGUCCGAUUUCCUCCUCAAGACGAGCGAUAAUAUACUGGACGCGAAGCGUGGUAUCGAUUAUGGAAUAUUGCAGAUUACGCGCGACGUUAGCGACGUAAUUAAGGCCAGCUCGGGUAACCUAAACUCAACCGUUUCGAAGCGCUUCGAUGAGAUCGAUGCAACGAUCCUGAACAAUCACAACGGUGCGCUGGCGAACCUUAGCUCGAAGAUCGAAACGGAGAUCAGCCAGGUGUGGCGUCAGAUCGGUAUCAUGUAUCAGGAAAUCUCGUCCAGCAAGCAGGCGCUCGAUCGGCUUCAGGAGCAGACGGAAACGUACGUAAACGGUACGCUCACCACAAUGGACGGUAUGGAGGGCAAGGUUUCGCUCAUUACCAACCGCAUGGCAGAGGUCGAUUCGAACCUGAACUAUCUGCUCGGCCGCCUUUCGAUGGUGACGCAGGAGUUCAAUCAGAUUAAGCACGGUCUCGGUAAAGCACUGGACGAGAUUAAGGACAGUUUCGCGGAGGUACACAACCGUGUCCGAGGUCCGGGACCGCAUCGAAUCUCGUCGGACGAAGUGGUCGAUGAUUUGGGCAAUGGCUCGGCCUAGUAGCAAGG